AUGUCUACUCGCCACCCACCCCAAAAGCCGCCGGUUUUCACCAUAACGCCGACCGGCAUCAUUACCGAGAUCAACCGCCUCAUCUCAGCAUCCCAGGCCGCCCAGCAGGCCAUCACACACUCCGUGACAACCUCCAACGCAACCUACGACAAAGUCCUCCUCUCCCUUUCCCGUGCGGAAAACGCGCUCGCAGCGGAGUCCACCCUUCUCCUCUUUCACAACGCCGUGUCUCCGUCCCCGGAAGUCCGUGACGCCUCUGCCAGGGCCCGCAGCGCCCUCCGCGAAUUUGAGCUGGAAUGCUCGAUGAACGAAGACCUUUUCCGCCUCGUCGAUGCUGUUUACAACAACAGCGGCGAGGUCCAAGGCCUGGGGCCCGAAGCCAGAAACUAUUUGAACAAGAAACACAAGGAGUUCGUCAAGAACGGUCUGCGCAUCCCGGCUGGCCCCGAGCGGGACCGGUUCAAGGAAAUCCGAAGCCGCAUCGAAAGCCUGACGUCGGAAUUUUCCAAGUCACUGGCCGAGGCCGAUGUCUCCGUCUGGUUCACCCCCCACGAACUCGACGGAUACCCGCAAGACUCGCUCGCGCGUCUCGAAAAGGGAGAAUCUGGGGGUGAAAACGAGGGUAAGCUACGCAUCAGAAUCCCGAACCACCUCGCCCCCGUUCUCCGGACCGUAUGCAACUCCGAAACUCGGAAGAGCGCCCGCCUGGCCUACGAGAACCGCUGUCCGGAAAACGUCGCCGUCUUCCGCGAAGUCGUAGUCCUCCGCCACGAAGCCGCCCGUCUUCUGGGCUACACCGACCACGCCUCCCUUAGCGUCGAGGACAAGAUGGCCGAGUCUCCCCGGCGCGUUGACGCCUUCCUCUCCUCUCUAAGGUCGAAGCUGGCCAAGGCAGGCGAGGCUGAACGCGAGACUCUUGUCAGGCUCAAACAGCGCGAUGUCGAGGCCCGAGGCGAGACCUUUGACGGCCGGCACUUCUUCAUUUGGGACGUACCGUACUACAGGAAUCUCCUCUCGCGAGAGCAGUACUCCGUCGACCACGAAACAAUUUCGGAGUAUUUCCCCCUCCAAGCGACAGUCGGGGGAAUGCUGCGCAUCUUUGAGCACCUCUUCGGGAUGGCGUUCCACGAGAUUGAGGGCGACGAGAGGGAUCGUUUGUCGUCCACCGGCAAAGGAGACGACUUGGUCUGGCACCCCGAUGUCCAGAUCUUGAGCGCGUGGGACGCUGAGAGCGAGGGCAGCGGGUUUCUAGGGUAUCUCUACCUCGACCUUUACCAACGAGACGGGAAACGAGGCAAUCCCGCCAAUUUCAGCCUGAUCCCGGGCUUCACUAACCCAGACGGAAGCCGUACGCAUCCGUCGACGGCUCUGAUCUGUGCCUUUGCCCCUCCCCCCUCUGCUCACCAGCCAACCCUCCUCCGCCAUUCCGAUGUCGUGAUGCUCUUCCACGAGCUGGGUCACGGCAUUCACGACCUCGUCUCCCGCACGCAGCUCGCACGGUUCCACGGGCCCAUGGGCACCGUCGUCGACUUUGGCGAGGCGCCGAGCCAGAUGCUCGAGAACUGGUGCUGGACGCCAACCCAACUGAGGGGUCUCAGCCGACACUACUCGUACCUGUCCGAGGCGUGUCUCAAGGACUGGCGGGCUCGCGUGGGACAAGAGGACGCGCGGCAGCCGCCCGAGAAGAUCCCGGAAGACGUGGUCGAAGGUCUCAUCGAGGCUAGGCAUGCCGGACAGAUGAUGGGCACGCUGCAUCAGCUCUUCAUCAGUAUCUUCGACAUGGCCGUCCAUCAGCUCGCGGGCCAAGACGCCGUCGAUAGCGUUGACUUCACGCAGCUGUGGAACAGGCUUCGUAGGGAAAUCGUCCCGACCGAUGACCCGUCCGUUCUGGGCGAGGGCGACGGAUGGGGACACGGAUACACCAACAUUGGACACCUGAUGGACGAGUACGAUGCUGGAUAUUAUGGCUAUUUCUUCUCCAAGGUCUACGCGCAGGAUAUCUUCACCAAUGUUUUCAAAGAAGCCCCCAUGAGCCAGGGAGCAGGCCGCAGGUACCGCUACGGCGUGCUCGAGAAGGGAGGGAGUCAGCCUGAGAUGAAGACGCUCACGGAUUUUCUGGGGCGUGAUGUCCGGAUGGAGCCUUUCUAUGAGGAUUUGGGAUUGACCAUCUAG